AUGAGCGAUUACGGCGACGAGUACGAAGACGACUAUGGCGACGAUUGGCUCUAUGUCGAGGACGAAUACAUGCAGGCGGAUGACCUAGCCGAACACGCAGUUGCAUCGCCGCCUCCGCUCGCGUACGACGACGACAGGCUCGACGAGUGGGACCGUUUCGACUACUUCAACGACCUCGAGUACGACUUCGAAGGCUACGACGACGCCAACUUCGUGACCCACAACGGCGCAACGGGCCAGCCCAAGGUUGGGCAAAAGAGGAAGCGCGGCGCUGUAGUUGGUCCCAGCAGCAAGAAGCAGAGGCUUGCCAAUGGCGAUGGAAAGCUCGAGCAGGACGUCGCGUGGCUGUCCAAUGCGCCCAUCAUAUGGCGCGCCCAGGCGGACAGAGGCGUGAAAGCGAGACCGCUGCCAGAAGAUGCAGAACCAUAUGCGAUACUCAAGGACUGGCGCAAGUUGGACAGGGCGCCGAAGCGGACCCAAAAGGCUGCACAAAGAGAGCUUGUGUCGCUGCCAUCCCAGGCUCACAUAGAGGAGGCCGACGAGGAGUGGGAAGACGAGGACUUGGUGGAUGAGGAAAAUGAUGAUGAGGAAGAUACAGGCAUGGAUGGCAUCGACCCCGCGGCCUUGAUGGCUGCACUGCAGUCGCGCCUUGGAUCUGCCGGUGGCCCGCUCAGUGGAAUGGAUCCUCAACAGCUGCUGCAGUUCGCACUACGCAUGGCCAACAACCAGGACGCGGGCGACGACAUUGCAGGUGAAUUGGCAGACGAGAUGCUGAAUCAGGGAGGCGAAGACGAAGACGACGAGGAAGCGGAGGCAAACUUGAUGUCAUGGGUGUCUCAGCAGCGCGAUGGUAGCAAGAGCGACAUUCCC